GACAAGUAAGUCUAGAGCUCCGCCGAAGUCUACAGAGUUGUUUACUCGGCACCUGUACAAGAACAGGAAAGUGAUACCGCUCGCUAUCAGUUGUUGUACAUGUACUAUGCACGGCAUCUGUACGUUAAAGGUCUGGAUUCGGAUACCGUAAUUGGGAUGAAGACCUCCCAGGAAGCAGAGCUGCAAGCACGCCGCUGGCUACGGCUUGUCUUCCUCCUGGUCUGCCUUACACAAACUGUAACAGGUGUAGUAGACGUCACCAUCGUCAGUAAGUACCAGUUCUUUGGUGAUUCCUAUUCCACCUGGCUGUACUGUUACUACACGGGUAGUCUCAUCAACCAGAAUGGCUACCAGUUCGGUGUAGAGGUCGACACUGGCUCGGGAACAACGUUUACAUCACAGAGACUCACCAGCAAGGUGGCAGGAGAAUGGUGGAGCACGAGGAUCGUGGUUAGAGCUGGUGACUUCCGGGUUGGAGCAUUCUCCUGUCUAGUAAGUGACGGAGGUCAAACAGAGAAGGCCAUCACCUUAAAAAUGAAAUCACAGGCCGAUGUCUGGCCAGUGGCCUUCACAGUAACCGCUAGCCUUGGAGACCCGGCGACACUACAGAUGGUGCAGAAGUCCAGUAGAACCGGCACCCUGGAGUGGAGGAAGAGAGGAAAUGUCCUGACUGGACAGAACGGACUCAGCCUGACCAUAGCCAGUGUCCAGUCUUCAGAUGAGGGGAUCUAUGAAUGCUACUAUCAGGGGGAUACGGAGGGGAAACAGGGCAUCAUGAGGCUCAUCGUCAGAGGUACCGGUACAUAUACACACAAACACACACACACACACACACACACACACACACACACACACACACACACACACACACACAAACAAAGAUGUGCUGAGAACAAGUGGGGUCCGCCGUCCUGUACCGGUGACUGUCCCGUGUGCUACAACGGAGGUGUGUGUGACGACAACACGGGGGAAUGUGUCUGUCCUCCGGGGUUCCAUGGACAGAACUGUGAAAGUGAUCCCGGCACAUAA